CGGUUUGGCUGUCAAAGCAGUGUUGGCUUUGGCCAGCCGUUGAAAUGGUGCGAUAUUAUGGGGAACGCGCACAUAAAGCCCCAUCCGCGAGUGCGAAAUAAGAAACAAGUUCACUGGAAAGCUGCAGGCGCUUGCUUUGGAAAAGGACAAUACAGCUUUGAUAUAGACCGAUCAGCACCUCCAGGAAAACCAGAACUAUUGCCAGAAGCUGAAGUAACCCCGGACCUCGUAACUCUUCGCUGGAGUCGACCUAUUAACGAUGGAGGCUCACCAAUCUCGGGUUACCUCGUGGAACAUCGUAGAGUUGGCUCACCCCAUUGGGUGCGAGCCACGCCACUUCCAGUUCCUUUUCCUGAAAUAACCCUAAGCGGACUCGAACCUGGGUGGCGAUAUCAGUUUAGGGUAAGCGCCGAAAAUGCAGUGGGAUAUUCAGACCCAUCAGAAGUUUCCGAACCGAUAACAGUGACUUUGCAACGAUCUGCAGUAACUGCUCCGAAAUUUACUCAAGAAGUCGAAGAUACUUCUGCUUUAGAGAACGAAAAAUGCGAGUUUAUUGUACAUUUUCUUGGUCAACCUGCUCCAAAGGUAUGUUGGUUCAAAGAUGGUUUCGAAAUAUUUAGCAGUCGAAGAAUCCGUAUAUUAACGGAACACGAUAGAAGUAUAUUAACGAUCCACCAGACGUCACUGUCUGAUGAAGGCGAAAUCAAAUGUUCGGUAACUAAUAAAGCAGGACACGUAUCCACUAAAGCCAAGUUAACUGUAGAAGCACCUCCUAGCAUUCGAUUGCCCAGAAAUUAUGAGGAAGGUCUUUUAUUUGAGAUGGGUGAAGUAAUUCGACUAAAAGUAUCAGUAGCAGGUCGUCCAACACCUUUAGUAAUCUGGACUCAUAAUGGAGAAUCCUUACAGAACAAUGAUAGGUUUGACAUUGAAUUUGCAGAUAAAUCGUUUUCCUUGAAAAUAGCCGAUGCCAAAAGGAGUGACCGUGGAGAGUACCAAAUUAAGGCUGUCAAUAAGCUUGGCGAGGAUUCUGCUUCAUUUUUGGUCACAGUUACUGAUAAGCCAUCACCACCAGGCAAGGCAAAAGUGGUAAUGACCCUUGGUAGAUCAGUUACUUUACAAUGGACUUCUCCAACCGAUGAUGGAGGCUGCAAAAUAGGCAAUUAUAUUGUAGAAUACUACAGGUUAGGAUGGAAUGUGUGGUUAAAAGCUGCCACCAGCCGGCAGCUAACCACUAGAUUGGGUGAUCUUAUUGAGGGCAGUGAAUAUAAGUUUAGGAUAAAAGCUGAAAGUCCAUACGGCAUUAGUGAUCCCAGCGAAGAGUCAGAAGUAAUUUUUAUACCGGAUCUAAAAAGGGGCCUUUCUCAACCUUCGAGAAGUGGAAACCAACAAGACACUGAAUUUUUUGAGGCCAUUACUUCACCAACUGCUAUGAGACGAAAUAAAAAAAUAAGGUCGCAGUCGUCAUCUAGAGCAGAAGAAGAAUCUGGAAUACCACCAGUGCGACCUAAAAGAUCCAAAAGUAAAAGCCAACAACAAACACCGGAAUCGUCACCAAUGCUGCCUCGUAAAGAGAUUUCUACUCAAAUUAAUAAUAGAAUUUUUGAUCGCGCUUCAUUGGCUAGAGAUCUAGCCUAUGGUACUCCAGAUAUCAAAUUACCCAAAGAUAUAGCACCUUAUGGUCUUAUUAAUGAAAAAAAAUUAACAAAUGAAAAAAGUAAUGUUGCUGAUCAUGCAAUUUAUAAGGUAACAAUUGAGCAGCCAAAGGAUGAAAUACAGAUUUCCGAUUCACUUAGUCCACAAAUGGAUAAGAGGAAGCUAAUUCGAGAUCAGAGCGGGGGUAGUUCGGAAUUCAUGCUAGUCUUAUAUCCCGAUGAGAAUAAUCAAGGUAUGUCGGAUUUACACAAUUUCGAUGAAAAUUCAAUGCCUCCACCCAUGUCACUGUCAGCACCAGAGCUAGCUAGCUUGGAAGAAUUUCUAUUUCCGGGUAUUAGAAAUUCUGCAAGCUCAUCUGAACUUCUCCAUGAAAAAGCGAUGAUGCGCUUUUAUGAAACAGCACAAGCAGAGGAAAUGGAACUAGAAUCCAGAAAACAAUAUACUUCUCACAGAAAAAACAGCAUAGAUGUUCCAAAAAUUCAAAUUAAUUCUCAGGAUAGUGAUAUUAUAGGGCUAGAUAGUCGGCAUAGUCUUAGAAGCAAAUCACAAAGAAAAGGGUCGGUUGGCUCAGUUGGAUCUCAGCAAGCCAAAUGGGCUCAAAAAAGACACAGCUUAAAAGCUCCAGCAGAAAUUAAAGCUGAUUUAUUUAGCAGCAACCUUAAGAGAGCAGAUGACAUGACUAUUCAGACAUCAGUUGAUAAGCCAUAUACCCAAUCAAGCUUUGAACGAAAACCUGUAACAUUUGCUGAAGAGCAAAAAUGGAAAACAGAGUACGAAGAGAGCUUAUCAGAAAGCGAAUCUGAAUCUGAGUCAGAAAUUGAAAGGUUCAAAUACGAAAUAAAUUAUAGAGCACAAAAAGUACACACGGACCAGAGUUUUGAUGAGGAGGAAACCACUUAUCGACCUGUAGGUGGACUAAGUGACAUGAAAGUUAUAAAUAAGGAGCCGUUUGAAAUACUAACAAAGAAAAAAGAGCCAAACCCAAAUUUCAUUCCAAAGCCAAUAUUAAAAAAGACAGAUUCACCUGGGGUUUCGCCAACACUUUCACCUACAGUUUCUCCUCCACCAUCACCAACGGCAAAAACUUCUAGGGCAUUAUCACCAAGACCUGAUAUGGUCCUUCAGAGAAAUAGAUCAAAAUCUUUGGCCGUCCCCGUGUUACCACCUUUAACUGCUUCCUCGGGAGAAGAAAGUGACGAGCCUGUAAAUGGGUCAAGAAACAGAUCAUUUUCCCUAACUGCAGAUCUAAAGUUACCUUCUUUGCGAAAAGACACAUCCAAAAAGGCAAAAAAUAAUACUACUUUACCAAAUAUAUCAUCUAAAAAGCAAACAAAUAAUGCUACUUUGCCAAGUAUAUCAGCCAUGGCUGAAAUCACAGGAAUCACAGCAGCAAGUGUUAUUAUUCCUAAAAAACUCUUAGAAAAGAAAGCAAUGGAUGAAGAAGCUAAAGUGGUCGUUGACAAUUAUGACUUAUUGGUUAAAAGUGUUGGGCAAAGAAGAAGCAGUAAUCCGUUUUUAAAGCGUCCUGAAAUAGCUGAACCAAAACCAGUGAAAUCACCGGAAAUGACAAAGGAAAAAAGUCCAUCAAGUGAAAAUUUGAGUCAAGAUAGUGGCUUUCAAAGUGUUUCAAGUUAUAGAAGAAGUAGCUUUACUGAUCACUAUGACACCUUUGCAAAGUUCAGAUCGCCAGUAAGAAAACCUCCAGAGCCAAGGGUUGCAGCUAGUCAAAUGUCUGAUAUAAGUGAUGUAACUAGAGUGCAAAAACAAAAUAAUACCGUUUAUGAAAUUAAUACAAAUAUACCAAAUAUAAGAGGUUCUAUACAAACUCCAGAACGGUCUAUAUCACCUCAUAGGCCCACUACUCCGAAUGUAGUUGAAAAUAGGCCACAGAGAAGACAUAGAAGAUCAGUAACACGUUCCAAAUCGCCAACCAAGAGAGGCAUGAGUGUUACAAGAAAAGACAAACCACCUGAGCCAGCUGCUCAUUCUGUUUCAAAGCAAACAUCAACCACUACUUGUUCAACUUUAUUCCCAAAAAGACAUCCUAUGUUAAGAGAAAUCAUGACUCAAACAUCAGAUUUUCUGGAAUCCCUAGAUCUGUCUAUAGGGACUCGUCAUGUAUAUCAUAGCGGAGAAACUGAAGUAAAAGUAAGGUCUGCCAUAGAUUGGCUUAUGGACUCAGCAAUGUUCGCUGUUGCCUGUUGGCUUUAUUUAUUUGAAAAUGAGCUUCUAGCCAUCCCUGUGUUAUUGAUUAUGGUAUAUAGGCAACUGCAACAUGAAAUUAAUAAAAGGAUUCCUAAUUUUAUUAAAAAGAGAUGGAAUACAAAGCCUAAAGAGUGACCAAUAACGUUUAUUUAUUAUUACAUCUUAAGUUUAUUAACUUUAAUAUUUUUAUAUCAUAUUGAUUUAAAAAUGUUUAGAACUUGGUUCAUAUAAUUAUUGACAAUAAUAUAAUAUUUAGUUAAACUGUUUUACAAAAAAAUAUUAUUUAUAUGUACUACCAUGCCAUUAAUUAAUUAAUAAUUUAAAAAAUAAAUAACUAUUAAGUAAA